AUGGACGUCGUCUUAUCCCGCCUCGGCACGCAGCUGCUCACGCCCAGUACAGACGAGCUGCUGUUUCGGGAACCUCCCACCUUUCUAAGUCGGUCCAAGGCAUCGUCGAUUAAAUGGCCCUACGAAAUUGUGUCGCAGGCCGCCCGCAUCGCCUCGCUGGUCUUUUUGACAUUGGCUUUGAUCCAGGGGAGAGUGCAUCUGCUCAACGUUGUUGCCAUUGCCUACGCUUUUGUCCUUGGCUUGAUACGACCAAUCAAUCAUGAUCUUGCCUGGCGUCAUUUAGCUCUUCAUCAAGUCAACUAUGUUUUGACUGCCACGUUUUUCGUUCAGUUGGCCGCACAGCUGCUUCCCUGUAUUGAGAUUGGUACUGAUCAAUGUAUUGGAGAUGUUGGCAUCGUUGGUUCCCUGUCGUCGCUGGGUGCAACGGUAAUUGUUGCUUUGGUCACUCCCCGAGAAUGGGUCCCGCCCACCAUCAAGCAUGACAUUCCAGGCUACACGGAACAAAACGAACCUGCCCCUGAAGAAACCUGUAGCUGGUUUAACUACUACUUCACCUAUGAGUGGCUGACACCUCUCGUGUGGAAGGGCACCAGACAGAAGCUUGAUAUGUCUGGUAUCCCCACAUUGGCUUGGUAUGACGAGCCCAUGUAUUUACUCCAGAGGAUCAAGAAGGCCCGAGCUCUCUACAAAAAGACUCUGUGGACAGCCUUGAAAUUCCAGCGUAAGGAGUUGUUACUGAUGGCGAUGUGGGCUGCUGCCGCUUUUACAAUGGAGAACGUCUCCCCGUACGGCAUGUAUCGUCUUCUCGAUUAUCUCGCCAAUCCUAGUGCUGCCACAUAUCACCCAGUUGUGUGGCUUAUUCUCAUGUUUGUCGGCCCCUUGUCUCGGUCCGUCUUGUUUCAGCAAUACGUCUUCAACUCAACCAGAUUGAUUGUGCGAGUCAAGUCUGCCAUGACACAGGAACUCUACCACAGAGCUUUGGAGUCAAUGGAACUGGAAGAGGAUCCCUUUGAUCUCAAGGCAGGAGAUUCCAAAAAGGAGAAAGAGGCGCAGGGCGCCCAGAAAUCUACGUCUGCUGGACGCUUGGCAAAUUUGAUGGCUGCUGACGUAGAUGCUGUCUAUCGAGCGCGAGAUGUAAUUCUGGUCUCUGCGGGUGUUCCUGCGGGUACCAUCAUAUCCCUCUACGGCCUUUAUAAAAUGAUGGGCUGGGUAUCCCUGGUAGGAACGGCAAUCUUGCUUUUGGCCACUCCGAUAUCUGUGUACAUGGGCCGUCAGAUGUAUGGCGCCCAAAGGCGAGUGAGGAAAGCCCAAGAUACACGCAUUUCUCUUGUUGCUGAAUAUCUAUCUUCCAUCCGCGCCAUCAAGUACUUCGCUUGGGAGGAUCCCGUCACGAACCGAAUCAUCGAGUCCAGGGCGGCUGAACAAAAGGAAUUGUGGCGAGUGGCCGUCCUGCAAACCAUGGUCAACCAAGUUACCCAGUGUUUUCCGUACAUCGGCCUCCUCGUCAUGUUUGGAUUGCACGUCGGGGUAGAAAAGCACCCCCUUGACGCUUCUACUGCCUUUACCGCCGCCUUCCUCGUGAAAAACAUCCGUAGGAACAUCAUGAUGGCCAGUGCAUUCUCAAGAAACUUUGCUGCUGCAAGCGUCGCCUUUAACCGGCUCGACAAGUAUUUCGACAGUACCAUGCCCCUUCUCCGAUACCCCGUUGGACCCCUGAGAAUCGAAGGCGCUUCAUUCCGCCGAAACAAGAAGGCUACGUUCCGCCUUGAGGAUAUCUCGCUAGACUUUGUCGAGGGUGGCCUCAACGUUGUUACUGGUCAAAGCGGAAGCGGGAAGAGUACCCUUUUGCUCGCGAUCCUAGGUGAAACACAUCUAGAGGGUGGAAAGGUCACUGCACCUAGCGAUAUUGCCUUUGCCUCACAGUCUGCUUGGCUCCAGAAUGAUACCAUCCAAGCGAAUAUCCUCUUCCAAAGCCCCAUGGACCGCCCUCGAUACGACAGAGUGAUUGAAGCAUGCUGUCUCAACAUUGAUCUCAAGGAGCUAUCUGACGGCGACCAGACUGUUGUUGGCGAAAAUGGUACAUCCUUGUCGGGAGGACAAAAAGCUAGGGUCGCUCUGGCCAGAGCUCUUUAUUCCAAGGCAUCCCUCUUGCUUCUGGAUGACAUUUUUUCUGCUCUCGAUGCCAAAACCUCUGCUGGCGUUUGGAAACACUGUUUCUGCAGCGAUCUGCUCAAGGGAAGGACUGUUGUUCUCGUUACUCAGGUUCCUUGGAUCUCAUCUCAGGCAGACUUUUCCGUCUUACUCGAGAGAGGCCAGGUCAAGAGCGCCGAGCCCAACAUUGGUGCAGUCCGUAGACCAAUCCAGAUUGCCGAAAUCCUUGGAGGUGAUGAUGAUGAUAUUGAAACCGAAACCGAAACCGAAGGCGGCACUGAAACUCCUCCUGAGCCCGAACUGCAAUCGAGUGGAGACGCCCUCAAUGACCCGGCAAAGGUGGCCAACGAAACUUCUGCAAAGGAUAUUGUGAACCAGGAAAUGAAGGCAUCAGGCAAAGUUGGCCGAUUGGCAUCCCUGGAGUACAUGAGAUACUUUGGACACCCGCUCUUUGCCAUCUUUUGUUUGGUCGGCCUCGCGGGCUCCAAUGUCUUCUUCUUUGCGUCCAGUUACUGGAUGGGCAUCUGGGUAGAGGCCUACAAUAACAAUGCUCAUGUGGACAUUGCCUACUACAUGGGUAUCUAUGCCGCUUUUACCUUUGCUGAGUUAAUCUCCUUUGGCCUCGUCAUCAUCGCUUUCGAAUGGGGCGCAUGGCGUGCUGGUCGCAAGCUCCACAAUGACUUUAUCCGCGCAAUCAUGAGAGUGCCCUUGUCGUGGUUCAAGACGAUCCCCAUCGGCCGCAUCACUAACCGAUUCUCUGGCGACAUGGCAUCGAUCGAUUCGGGGCUUAGCUCUAUGCUCCGAGUGACUUUUGACUCCAUCAUGAUGUUGUUUGCCCGUAUUGCCGCCGUCAGCUCAAUCAUGCCAGUUUUCAUGAUCCCGGCCUUCUUUACAUGCAUCUUUGGUGUUGUGGUUGGCGAAAUGUACACGCGGACAGCCGUCAUCAUCAAGCGACUUGCUUCAUCCGCACAAUCCCCCGUCUUCUCCCAGUUUGCCGAUACUCUGGCCGGACUGCCAAUCAUUAGGGCUAGGGCGGGUAUGAGUGAGACCUUUGGCCAUGAUCUAGCAGCCAAGUUGCGCGUGUGGUCGGCCGCAGCCGAGGCUAACUAUAACUGCAACCGUUGGGUGGCCAUGCGAGUGGACUUUGUGACUUCCCUCGUGGCUCUCUUUGCCGGCAUCAUUGCGCUCUCCAAGGUUGGAGUCGUCGGCGCUGGUCUGGUCGGUUUCUCCCUGAACAAUGCCAACGGGUUGAGCCAGACCAUUCUCAUGCUCGUACGAGCCAUGAACGAUCUUGAGGUAGAGAUGCAGAGUUUCCACCGUGUCAAAGAAUACGUCAAAUUGGAGCCUGAAGGUAAAGACGAUGUAACAUAUGCUGAAGAAGGAGAAUUUGCGGAUGAUGAAAACCUCGUCAUUCCGAAGAAUUGGCCCAAGACCGGAGAGAUUGAGUUCCGCAACGUCACCAUUAGAUAUGAUCCUGAUGGCCCCAACAUUCUUACGGAUGUUAACCUCAAAUUCAAAGCCGGAGAGAGAGUUGCAGUCGUCGGACGAACGGGCUCCGGCAAAAGCACUCUUGUUCUUUCUCUCUUACGGUUUACGCACAUUGUCUCUGGUCAAAUCUUAUACGAUGGAAUCGAUAUUACCAAAGUUCCCCGGCGCAGGCUACGUGAAGGCCUCACAAUCAUCCCCCAGGAAGCGACACUGUUCAACGGAACUGUAGAGUCCAAUCUUGAUCCUACUGGUCUCGUUCCCAAGGCGAUUCUCGAGAAGGCACUGGAAAACUGCAGAGGCAUCGCGUCAUUUUCUAGCGAUGAUUCCUCUGAUGAGACGAUUGUCGAUGGUGUAGAUGACUCUGUCCACGGCCAGUCUCAGGGAAUUUCUCUAUCAACUCCCGUGGACGCCCGUGGAGAGAACUUUUCCCAUGGUCAACGUCAGGUCCUGUCGCUCUGCCGUGCGCUCAUCCGCCAGAGCAAACUGAUGCUGCUAGAUGAGGCUACCGCAAGUAUGGACUAUGAAACGGACAAGGGCAUCCAGCAAGUGCUACGCACCGAGCUCGAAUCUGCCGGCGGGGACCGCACGCUCGUGACGAUUGCUCAUCGCUUGCGGACCAUUAUCGAUUAUGAUUCCGUUGUCGUGAUGGGCGCCGGCAAAGUGGUAGAAUAUGGUUCUCCUCGAGACUUGUAUAAUUCCAAGGGCUUGUUUUACGACAUGAUAUACCACAGUGGAGAGAUGGAGGAACUACAGGAGUUUUUGAAGAAUAAAUAA